AUGGCCCCUUCUGUGCACCUAGAAGAAGGCUCCGACUCCGAAGACGAUCCUGACUACGUUCCCGAGCAAGAUACCGGUUCCCCUACGACCCCAGAUGGCGAAAGAAACACCAAGCGUCGGCGCGUAGAAGAACCGGACUCAGAAUUAUCAGCUCAGGAUGAAGAAGCUCGUAAACAAGCCCGUGACAAAGCCUGGGCUGAAUUACAGGCGUCUCUAUCAUCCAAUGGGAAAUCAGAGGUCAAGAAGAUGGUCAAGAUACGCAAGACACAUCGCUUUGCGGGCGAGGACGUCAUGGAGGUCGUAGAAGUACCCGAAGAUUCAGACGACGCCAAGAAAUGGCCGUUAUGGGAGUCUUCCGCUGACUUAUCUCCCGUCAAAUCGCCGGUACCUUCAACACCCUCACAUACGGCUGAUGUCGAAGCAUCCUCGUCGUCGACUCUAAUCCCGGUACCCGUCGCGCCUGUCAAGAAGCCUGGUCGCAGGAAGUCUCGCGUACAAUUGAGCGACAUACCAUCCGCGAGCUCGCAAAAGGCCAAGAAACUCAGUACAAUCGAGAAGUCUGCUAUUGACUGGAAGGCGCACUCUCGGGACGACGCACAACUCAUGGACGAGCUGGACGCUAAUCGGCGUGGCGGAGGAUAUCUCGAGAAGGUUCAGUUCCUCAAUGAUGUUGGCGACCGUAGGGAUAAGCUUCUCGAAGAAAGCAAGGACAAGAAGCGUCGAAGGGGAUAA